CUCACUCCGUCGUGACCUCGCCUCUUCUCUCUUUCGUUCGCGCCUCAUGGUUCCCUUGUCAUUUAUUUUUGUGGUUUUGUUCUCUUUUAUCACAACUUCCAACUCUAUCGUGGUCCUGUUCACAGCCGCCGCCGGUGUGAUAGCGGCUUUAAAGCGAGUGAAUACUGAUUAUAGCGAACGUCGGCUCUUCGUCUUUGUAGUUUUGAAUUUCGACAUUAUUCGCGACGAAUAUUAUUCUUAUUUCUAAUAGUUACGAUAAUAAUACUAUUGUUUGUAAAAACGUUUUUCAUAUUUCAUCCGCAACAUGCGCCUCGUUACGUCUAUUUGCGCCCCGCUUGUUCGUUAAUGAUUGUUAGAAGGCGGCAAUCCGGUUAUACGUUUACUUACGUUCAUCCUUGAUUCGGCUGAACAUGUGGAUUUCCGAUUUAAACGCAUGCUUUUCGCCUGGCUCGUCCUCGUCGGUGUUAUAGAAACUUUAUUUUUAAGCACUGGUGAUUUGAAAUUCAAACUUAGACCAUGAGCCCGAGUAAUAGUAAGUAUAUAAUGGUAUACUAUCUGUAACAUAAUAAUGUCAUGACACGAAACCAUUGGAGUACCUACCUACUAUGAGUUGUGUGUUCAAAACAAACAUCGUAAAAUGCAAACAGUCACCAAAUCGUAAGACAACAUCAGGCAUUAAAAAUAAAAAUGGAAAAAGGUCGUUUUUAAGAACAUCAGAGAAUGAUGUAACUGAUGAUUUUUACUAUAAAAGAAAAAAAUCUAUUAAACAUUCUCAAGUAGAUAUAAAUAAUGCAGUCCUGACAGCACCAAAUGGUUAUAUUAUGACAAGAAAUAAACUAAAAAAACAACUAACAGGUAUAGACAACAGUGAAUUAGUAGAAACUAGUGUCAUAGAAGAUAAAUGUUCCAGAAAUGACAAUAUAAGAAAUAAAUCAAAAAAAGCAAAUAAGAAUAGAAAACCUUCAAACAAAGUCCAUAGAAAAAUUAAAAAUACGUUGCAACUUGGUUUUGUUUUUACAAAUGAUAUUUCUUCUCCAUAUCCUGGAAAACAACUAGAUACCGAAUAUAAAAAAGUCACACCUUCAUUAUUUGAAUCAGACUCUGAUCCAGAAAUUGAUUGUUUUCAAGUAAAGAAUAGUAUAAAAAAUGAACUGGAAGAAAUAUCCACUAGUAUUUCUCAUCCAGACGAUAUAUUAUGUCCGGCAUUUGACAAAAAUGUUGAAAUGAGAACUUAUUUAAACAAAAAAUCAUAUCCUAUUAACAAUAAGUCUAAUAUACAAUCAUUAAAUACAUUUGAAGAAAUUAAUCAAAAACCAUCAAGUUUAUAUAAUCACGUUAAAACUGUCCAUGGUUCUUAUUCGUGUAAUAACAUAACACAAAAUAACAGUAAAACCAGGAAAUCAUUGAAAAUCACUGAUCCUACAACAAGUGAAUGUGUGCAAACAAAUACUGAAGAUGAUGACAUUAUUAUUGUUACUGAAUCAUUUAUAAGACAACUAAAAAACGAAGUUGAAAUAAUAAAAACAGAAUCACAAGGUAGCGAAAUCAGAACUCGACAACUAUUUUAUGAUAAUAAUGCUAAUAAAUCCAAUGAAUCUGAUACAGAGCAACAUAAAGACAAUGAAGUGGUAUCCAAAAUACUGUCUUCAGAUUUUGAGGUGAACCAAAUUAAUAUGUGCACUAUUGAUACUAAUAUUGACAAUAUAUGUGAUAUAAACUUCAAAUCGUCAAUUUCUUCUAAUUUAUUAUUAAAUCAAGACAUGGAUGUUAUUGAUGAAUCACACAAAUUUACACCAUCACUGUCACCAUCACCAUUUGAAACCACUAAUACUGUUGAAAAUAGCUUAAUGAGUAUUUUUGAUGUACCCAAAGAGAACAUUGUUGAAAGUUAUGCUAAUAUUAACGAUAGUUUAAUUAUCAAUUCGGAUUCUAACAUUUCAGCUACAAUUUCAGAGGACAUGAUAGAUCUAAGUAGUUUACAGACUUUUGAAUUUGAUAAUAGUAACUCAGAUCAAUCUAUAGAAAAUCAUCCCAAGUCUGAAAAUAAUACCACUUGCCAUCUUUCCCCAGAUCAUAUUGAACCUGAUCAGUAUUUUCAUUCAGUAACUAAAGAUGAGAUAAAAAUAAAACAAACCGAAUCUUUUAAUAAUAAAGGAAAUUAUAAUUGUCUCAAAAAUGACAAUUUAAGUUGUUCUAAUGAUAGUUAUUCAAAAAAAUAUAACAAUCUUUAUUCCGAAUGCUAUUGUAAAAAUUUUACUAGUUUCAACAACGAUGACAAUAAAAUAUUUACUUCUAAAGUCAAGCAUUUUGCAUUUAAUAAUAAUGCUAAAAAAGUUCGUCAAAAAAUAUUGCGUAAAAAACAUUUAGAAGCCAAUAUUUUAAAUAUGCUUAUUACCAAAGAGCACAAAAAUAUCAUUCAAUCAAGAGAACAUAAACCAAUCUUCAAUUCAAUUUUAAUUAAUAAAAAAUAUGAAAAAUGCAUUGAAUCAAAAAAUAAUGAUCACAUUGCACCAAGCGUUUUAAGUAUGCUUAAAGAUGUCUAUGUAGACGUAGAAUACCUUACUGAAUACUGUGAUUAUAAUACAAGUGCUCAUAAAUUGCCAGAACCGCACACAAAUAAAAAAGAUAUCAAAUUUAAUAUUCAAGCUUCUAAUAUUAAACCAUUAGACAUAACGCGUGCAUUUAAAAACAAUAAUGAUUCAGUAUCAAAUAAUACAUCACAAAAUGAACCAAUUAAUCUUAAACCUUGUGAUGAAAAAUAUGACAAUUUUAAUAAAAACGAAAUAAUCGAUAAUGCUUCUGUAUCAAAUAGUACAACGAAAAAUUAUCCAAUUUCUCAUAAAAUUUGUUAUGAAAAUGAUGUCAACUUUAAUAAAAACAAAACAAUUGAUAAUGUCCCCAUGUCAAGUACUAAAACGACACAAAACCCAAUCAACAAUAAACCUAGUGAUGAAAGUUAUGUUAAUUUUAGUAAAAACAAAAUAAUUGAUGAUUCUAAAAUAAAUAUUCCAAAAAAAAAAAAAACAGUUAACAUUAAACAUUGUGAUGGAAGUUAUGUUAAUUUUAAUAAAAACAAAAUAAUUGAUAAUGUUUCCAUUUCAAACACUACAACACAAAAACCAGUCCACUUUAAACCUUGUGUUGGAAGUUAUGUUAAUUUUAAUAAAAACAAAAUUAUUGAUAAUAUUCCCAUGUCAAGUACUAAAACAACACAAAACCCAAUCAACAUUAAACCUUGUGAUGGAAGUUCUGUUAACUUAAAUGAAAACAAAAUUAUUGAUAAUGCUUCUAUGUCAAACAAUAAAAAAAGUAAUGAACCAAAUAAUCUUAAACCUUAUGAAGAAAUUGAUGUCAACUUUGAUAAAUUCAAAAUAAUUAACAGUGCUUCAACGUCAAAGAGUAUUAUAAAAAAUAAACCAAAUAAUCCUAAAUCUUGUAAUCAAAAUUAUAUACAUUUUAAUAAAAACAAAAUAACUGAUAAUGCCUAUAUGGCAAAUAGUACAACAAAAAAUAAAUCAAUUAAUCCUGAAUCUGAUGAGGAAAAUAUUGUCAACUUUAAUAAAAGCGUAAUAAUUGAAAAUGUAUCUACAUCAAAUAAUAAAUCAAUUAACCUUGAACCUUGUGAUCAAAGUUAUGUCCAUUUUAGUAAAAACAAAAUAUCUGAUAGUGCCUCUAUGCCAAAUAGUAUAACAACAAAUAAACCAAUCAAUCUUGAACCUUAUAAGGAAAAUUGUGUCAACUUCAAUAAAAAUCAAACAAUUGACAAUGUUUCUACGUCAAAUAUUAUAUCGGUUAAUCUGGAACCUUUUGAUCAAAGUUAUAUCAACUUUAAUUAUCAACCUAAAGAUGAAAUAAAUUAUCCAACAAUUAAUUCUAUUGAAAAGAAUGAUUUUGAUUGUGACAUUGUUUGUAAUUCUCAUGUAGUAAAUGCCGAAAUUGAUACUAAAAGUGAAAUCAAAGUGGAAGAUUAUUUUUACUACGAUACUGCUGCUAUAAAGUAUAAUUUUAAAUCUGAAAAAAGCCCAGGACUUGAAACAAAACCAUUUGAAAUUUGUAAUUUAAGUGAUAGCACUAUAAUAAUAAAUAAAAACGAUUCUGAAGAAGAAUUUGAAAUAGUAGAAAAAUGUAAUGAUAAUGAAUCAGAAAAUAUUUUGUCAUCAGCCAAAAUAAAAACCAUCCAUGGGUUUACUCAAACAAAAGAAACACACAUUUUAAAAGAUGAACAUAAACCAGCUCUUGCAAUAACUGAAAGUGAAAAAAAAAUAAAUACAUCAACAUUAUUAAUUGAACCACCUCAAUUCAAAAACCUUUUUGAUUCAAGUGAUACCAUUAGCUCAAAAUCAUAUCAAAUUUGUCCAAUGUUGCCACACAUAUCUGAAAACAAUGAGCCUGUUAAUAAUUUAUUUGACCUACCUGUUGAAGAUAUUUCUUUCUCAUUAAAUAACAAUAGCUCUGAUGAUGAUGAUGAUGAUGAUGAUAAUAGAUUACUGAUUGAUAAUGAACCAAAUCAUGAUGGCAUUAUUAAUAAAAAUUCAACAUGUAUUCUUAAAUCAGCUGACAGCUCAAAAGAUGAAAGAACUAUAAAUUGUUUAUCUUCAGCUCCAAGCAUUAAAAAUUUUACAACAGAAAUUGAGUUUUGUGAAAAGAAGUUAAUAAAUCCAAAAAAGAAACAAUCUUCCGAAAUAAAUCUUAUCAAAAAUAAAAAAGAGCGCAUUAUUGAAGAAAAAUCUGAACUAUUAAAUUACUAUACUCUGUUCAGCGAAAGACCGCACCGUCGAAAACUGGUUCCCCCGCGCAACACCCUGCCAUUGGGUAACUGGUUUCGAUACCAUAGUGAUGCAGAAGGAUGUGCAGAAUCAGCAUGUUCUCUCGCUGAACAGAGUAUAAAAUUGUCGUUAAACCCUAUUUUACCAAAGAAAAAAAGUGUUAUUUCUAAUAAUAAUUGUGAGAAUACAGAAUUAAAAGAAAAAAAAUACUCUUUAGAUGAUUGCAUGUCUUUUGAAAUGUGCAAUGAAUUUUAUAAAAUAAAAUCAUUACAUAAAAGCAUUGUUAGUAAAAAUGAAUCAUUACCAAAGUAUAUCCAAGAUAUAUUGAAAGAAAUGUAUGUUGAUGAAUUGUUUGUAUCUACAUGCCAACAUAUGGUAGACUUAUAUAAUGAUGAUGAUCAAUUAAAAAAUGACGUUUUUAUUCAAACAGAUGAAUGUAGAAAAAUUCUAUCUGAGAAAUCGGUCCUUAUAAAUAAAAAUGUUGAAGAAAAAAAAUAUUCUGAAUUUAACCAGUCGAUUUCAACCAAUUUGGAUACAUUGUGGAGAACAGAAAUUAAUUAUGGAAACCAAGAAACUAAUAUACCCAUUAAUCCUACUACUAAAGAAAAUAAUUCUGUUUAUCUGCAAAAACCAAAUGAAUUAAGAAAGUCAAAUUCAACCAAUGUAGAAACAUUGUGGAGAACAGAAUUUAAUUAUGGAAACCAUGAAACUAAUGAACCCAGUAAUCCUACUACUGAAGAAAAUAAUUUUGUUUCCCUGCAAAACCCAAAUGAUGUAAAACAUAAAUAUCCAGAAUUAAGAAAGUCAAUUUCAACCAAUGGAAAAACAAUAUUAAAAUCAGAAAUUAAUAACCUUAACCAACAAAAAAAAACUAUUAUAACACAAAAAAUGAAUUCCUUACAGAACAAGACAAAAAAUGUUAAAAGUAAUAUGAAAAUCAGGAUUCACUUGAGAGAGUUCAUACAAUCAAAUAAACCACUUGAUGAAAUUUUAGAAUCCAAAGAAUUCAGAAAUUUAAGAUUUUUUGGCGAGGAAGAGAUUGCAGGUUCAAUUGGUGUUUUUGUUUUUGAACAAACAAUUGAUACUCCAAUUAUAACUGGAUUGUCAGUAUACAGAGAAAAUUAUGACCAAUUAAACAAUGAAGAGAAAAAUAAAAUACUGGCGUCUACAAAUUUGAAUAUUACUUGUCCAAAAAUAACGAUUCUAACCUCGAUCACAAUGGCAUUAGUAAAAAUGUUAAGAAGUGAUACAUUAAUUGAUGUUAUCUUAAAUGUUAUUCGGAGAAAUGUGCUCAAAAAGCAUAUGAAUACUGAACACACAAUUGAUGAUCAAUUAAUUAAACAAGUGGUAUACUUCAUUGACAUUUGUGUUAGAUUAAGACAGCUGAAAACUCUUCAGAUAUUUAUUUUUGAUUCAAUGGUCUUAUUACCUAACAAAUAUUGUUGUAUCAUAUUUAUAUCUUUGUUGAUGUGGAAAAAUUGCUUACCUAGAAGUAUAAAUAUUGAAGAAGACCCAGUUAUUAUCACCGCGAUGUCAUUUUUGAUUGCAAAAAAGAAACUUUAUUCUGAGGAAACUGUUGGUUGUGAUAUUUUCCAAAGAGAACUGAUCAACUUACUUUCUUUUCAUUUCAAUUACACAUUUAGCAUAGAAAUGCCAACUAAUUUCAUUCAACAUAUACAUAAACCUGAUUUUUUUAUAUCCGUGGUCAUGUUUUUAAAAUGUUGUGAUCCUAAAGACCUAGUGGAAUUCAUGGUCAAAUGUCUGUUUCCCAUAAUUGAUAAUUAUCUGAAUACUCAACAAAACGAAGUGUAUGCCAUACAAACUAUGGAUUCGAUAAACAUAGCAAUCAAACCAUUCAAGAUAACUUGUAAUACUACUGUAGCCACUUAUCUAAUGAAAUGCAAAGAUCCAAUAAAUGGUUUUAAGAAAAAUGGAAAAGAACAUGUUUAUAACACUAUCUAUAAUAGUUACAAAGUAUUGCAGGAUAAAUUUAUUGAAUAUCUGAAUAACGGCCGACCUCGUUCUCAAUACAUUGAAGAGUCAUUGAUAUCAAUCAUUUUGGUGUUAGGAUCUGUAGAUUAUUUGACCAGCUGUAUGUGUUUGAUGCAAUGGAAACCAAAAUUUGAAUUGUCUGCAAUCUUAUCUAAAAAAAUUGUCAUGUUCAAAUCGAUUAUAGGCAAUAAUAUUGUAUGGGAUAAACUAUGUGCCAUAGACGACAUAAAUACAUUGAAGUGUUUGGUAAACAGCUGUUUAUUGAAUAAAGAUGUGUAUGGUACAAUUAUACAACUUCAUAAUCUUUGUUAACAAUUGAAGUGUAGUUUUAAGACUUCAAAAGAUUUGAAGAGACUUGACUGACAAUGUCUGUGAUAUUUUAAUUAUUGAACUCUUAUGAUCUAUAACACCAUUUAUAUAAUUAAUCUAAUUUUAAUUAACAACACACAAAUUGAUUUGCUGUAAUGAUAUUUAGUCAUAAAAACAUGAGUAACCUCAAUUACAAUAAUAUUACAUUACUAUUGUUAAAUUAUAAGUAUGUUGGAUAAAUUAUUAUUUUCUUAUAUUAUUAUUAAUAUUUAUAUUUCUUAAUGUAUGUUCUUUCUAUGUAUGAAUAAAAAAAAUUAAAUUUAAUGAAA